CACAGCAGCGAGACGAUUACAAUGGGAGAGAAAAUCACCGAGAGCGACUGAUAGAGACGACCAAAGUGUGGUAAAUGGACAUUCUUGAAGCCACUGUUUCUCCACUCGAUGUUUCACCUCCACCUCCUUCAUAUACUGAAGCUACUCAGAGUCCACAGCCCCAAACUCCACCUCCUACUUAUGGAGAAGCAGUGGGUGUUCGUCCUCUGCAGUUGGACAGUGCUGUGUCUCCUUAUCCAAUCCUCAGCGUUCCCACAGAAAUCACAGCCGUACAUCACACACAGACAGUGUUUGUUCAGCCUUCACCCCAUCAGCUGAUUCCACACCAGCAGUUAGCUGGAACACUGGGUGAUGCUCCUACUGUGAUAAUCUGCCCUCAUUGUCAUCACCAAAUUACCACCAGUGUGUGUUAUAAACCUGGGAAUGCAGCAUGGGGCAUGUGCUGCCUGCUGACACUUUUGGGACUCAUCUGUGGAUUCUGUUUAAUUCCCUGCUUCAUGAAAGAAUUCCAGGAUGUUCAUCAUUCAUGUCCUGCCUGUAGAAGAUCUGUGGGGAAACAUGUUCGCUAAUACACACACACACACACACACACACACACACACACACACACACACACACACACACACACACACACACACACACACACACACACACACACA